AUGGUUCAAUUGACCAGAGUCUGUCUCCGGAAGUAUGGGAAGUUUCUGGACAAUCUGCGACUGUAUGUGCGCGGAGGCAGCGGUGGGAUGGGUCUGCCCCGUCUGGGAGGUCAGGGGGGAGAUGGUGGAGAUGUUGUUGUCGUUGCCACAAAAGACAUGACCUUAAAAAGAAUCAAAGACAAAUACCCAGAGAAACGCUUCGUGGCUAGAGCAGGGGAAAACAGCAGUGUCAAGGCUCUAAAAGGGGAGCGGGGGAAAGACUGCAGCAUCAUGGCCCCUAUUGGCAUCACUGUCACCACAGACGACGGCAAAGUUAUAGGUCACUUGAAUGCUCCUGGGGAUAGAGUGAAGGUUGCGAAAGGAGCAAGGGGAGGCUCAUAUCACUCGUUAUUUAAUCCCAGUAAAGCAAAACACCACCACAUAAGGCUGGAUCUGAAACUUAUAGCAGACAUGGGUUUAGUGGGUUUUCCAAAUGCAGGAAAAUCCUCUCUUCUAACAGCGGUGUCUAAUGCAACUCCUCAAAUAGCCGGCUACGCAUUUACUACUUUAAAACCAGAAAUUGGAAAGUUGAUGUACAAAGAUCAUAAGCAGAUUUCCGUGGCGGAUCUCCCAGGGCUCAUUGAAGGCGCUCACCUGAACAAAGGCAUGGGACACAAGUUUCUUAAACAUGUGGAGAGGACCAAACAGCUGCUGUUCGUGGUGGACGUGGGUGGGUUCCAGCUGGCAACUAAAACUCCAUUUAGAUCUGCAUUUGAAGCUGUACAACUCCUGACAAAGGAGCUGGAGCUGUACAAGGAGGAGCUGCUGUCCAAGCCCGCUUUACUUGUGGUGAACAAAAUGGAUCUCCCUGAUGCUGAAGAAAAACUGGCAGCACUUAAAACUCAACUGCAAAACCCCGAAGAGUUCUGCAGCCUGUUGGAUGAGGACAUGAUCCCAAAGGAGUACAUCGCCUUCAAACACAUACUUCCGGUCUCGGCCCUCACUGGAUUUGGGAUCGAGAAUCUUAAGAACUGCAUUCGACAGUCGCUCCAUGACGAGGUGGAGAUGAAAACUCAAGUUGUGGUUGAAGAAAAACUGCAAGCACUAAGGCAGCACUUGUAA